AAACAGUUGAAUAUUGAAUGGCGCGGUAGAUCGCAGUGCAAUCGCUAGGAAAACAUACUUGAUAGAGCUACAACGUCCAUCUUUUUUUAACACGAGUUGAGGCAUGGGGUUCAUGUUUCAUUUUUGAUUGGUGUAUGUGUUAUUAUCGAAAAUAACUGUGAAAUAAUAAUUCAACCUUAAUUAAAAUGGGUGCUUACCUUUCUGAACCUAUUGUUGAUAAAGUGUCACACGAUGAAGUUGGUGAUUUUGUGUCAUGUGGCGUAAGCUCAAUGCAAGGAUGGCGAAUAACUCAAGAGGAUGCCCAUAACUGUAUAAUCAAUUAUGAUCCGGUCACUUCGUUUUUUGCUGUUUACGACGGCCAUGGGGGACACGAAGUAGCCGAGUAUUGUGCGCAGAACUUGCCCAAGUUCCUGAAGAGUUGCGAGGCGUACCAGAAAGAAGACUUCAUACAAGCCUUGAAAGAGUGUUUCAUAGAAUUUGACAAAACAUUGGCCACUGCAGAUGUAAUUGCUGUUUUGAAAAAAAUUGCAGACAGCAAAAAAUCAGAUAAAAAUCAAGAUGCAGAAAAUGCAGACACCAACGAUGGUGUGGAGGAGGACGAAGAGGAGGACGAAGAAGAGAACGUGAAGAACCUGUUCGAAGAGGCGGAGAUGCCCCUGGAGCAGGUGAUGGCCAAGUACCAGAACGGCCCCGUGGCCGGCCGGCUGGCGAAGAAGCUGUUCCCGUCGCCGUGCGUGCGGCGCCAGCAGGAGCCGGUGGCCGGGUGCUCGGGAGCCCCCCGGGGCUGCGGCGGCGACGCGGAGGUCAGCAGCUCCUCCGCGGUCAACGGCAGUUGCGCGGACGACCGCGUCUCAUCGGCGCAGGAGGGGGGGGACGCCCCGGACAGCUCGGGAGACGCUCGCAAGUCGGUCACAGUUGCCGAGGCAAAGAGCGCUUGCGAGAGUGGCAAACCUGAAGUGAAUGGGACCAUCACUGAAGACUGUGAAGAGGCCAACGAUGACAGUGGUGGUAACGAUGUCUCUAGUUCGUGCGUGCCCGCCGAGAACGGCGAUGUAGACAUGGACAAGGAGAAGGGCAAAGAAAAGACUGAUAGGAUCUCGAGCACCGUGGAGGGUGUUGGAGGAGAGAAGAAGCUGACGCCUGCAAAACUGUCUGCGCUGAAGCCGCGCAUCGCGGCCGCCCUGUACCGCUCCCUGCUGAGAGCGCCGACGGAGGUGGACGACGAAGACGACGAGGAAGGAGACGAGAGCUUUGAAGGCGAGGACAGCAGUGAAGAUGCGGAGGAUAAUGAAGAAGAAAACAGUAAAGGAAGUGAAGAGGAAGGAGAAGAGGGUGGGGAAGAGGAGGCUGAGGAAGAAGAGGAGGAAGCGAAUGUUGUGGAAGGUGAGGAGGAGGAGGAGGAAGAAGAAGAAGAAGAGGAAGAUUAUGAAGAGAAGAUUUUAGAUGAGCCAGGGGCAGACAGCGGUUGCACGGCCGUGGUGGCGGUGCUGCGCGGGCGAGAGCUGUACGUGGCCAACGCCGGCGAUUCGCGCUGCAUCGUCUGCCGGAACGGCCAGGCAGUGGAGAUGAGUCUCGACCACAAACCAGAGGACGAGGUGGAGAUGGAGAGGAUAGAGAAGGCGGGCGGCAAGGUCACGGCUGAUGGAAGAGUUAAUGGCGGACUCAACUUGUCUCGAGCCUUAGGCGACCAUGCCUACAAACAGAACAAGAACUUGCCACUGGAAGAGCAGAUGAUAACUGCUCUCCCGGAUGUUCGAACGUUGCUGAUCGACCCUGCAGAGGAUGAGUUCAUGGUCCUAGCGUGUGACGGGAUAUGGAACUACAUGUCCAGCCAAGAGGUUGUCGACUUUGUUCGACCACUCGUCGCACAGGGUGCCUUGAAGCUGUCGCAGAUAUGCGAGAAGCUGUUUGACCACUGUCUCGCACCGAACACACUGGGGGACGGCACCGGGUGUGACAACAUGACGGCUGUCAUAGUCAAGUUCCACCCGGACCUGGCGUCCGUCGGCAGCAAAACUGCCAAGCGUCGAGCGACAUCCGAAGAUGCUGCGAGGGAAGAAACUGCCAAACGCUCCAAGACUGAAGAGACUGAACAAGUUUCUGCUACUCCCGUGUGAAUCUCUGGUGGAGGAUAUGACGGUCAGGUGACCAUUGAGAACUCUGCAGAGAAACUGUGGUGUCUGAACUGUAUAAGCAACUCUUAUUUUUUAGGCAAAUAGGUUUGUUUGUAUGUAUGAUUAAGCAUGUAUUUUGUUCUUUCUUGUGUAAAACGUUAUUACAGACUGCAUUUUUAAGGAACCUCUUAAUUGUAUGAACUUUAUACUACUGUGUUAGAGAUACAAAUUGCAUUGAUUUUUACAAAAUUUCUUAGUUGAUGUUAGAUUCAUUUUAACUCACUAUGUUUUAAUUACUAUUUUAUAUUUAAAAGGUGGUGUUAAUGAAUAAUGUUCCAGGCUACAAAAAAACUUUGUGGAAAAGUACAAAUAGUUUUGAUAUAUUAGAAAGACAUAUGAAACUGUAAUAGAGCAUUCAAGCACAAAAUAUUCUUAAUAUUUAUUAAAUUGCUGUUGGAUCUACUUUCUUACACGUUGUGGCAGUGAUUGCACUUGUAAGGAAUGUCACAAAAGUUUUAUAUUGUGUACUAAGUAGUAGUUAUCAGCCACUUGAUAAAAAUUCAUGCUCUAUUAAAACACGCGUAUUUAGUUUUU